AUGAGGAACGCCUUUUCUCGCCUCGCGCGCGUCGGCCGCGCGGCCCUCGAGAGCCAAGUUGCAGCCGGAGGCGCCGUCGAGGCCACGGCUUCCAGCGCCCUCGCCCGCAGCGCCCCUGUCGUCCCCGCAGGCCUCGCGUCCGUCGCCGCCCGCGCCCUCCCCGUGGCUGCCCGCGGCCUCCCGAGCCGGUUCGUGACCUCCUCCGCUGCACCGCGCUACCUCGACACCACCGACGAUGCCGGCGAGCCCCUCGAGCCCGUCAUGUACCCGAGCCCCAUGGUCGCGCUUCAGGAGCCCGCCCCGGACUUCGUCGCGCCCGCUGUCGUCGACGGCGAGAUCGAACCGGCCUACCAGCUCUCAGCCAACAAGGGCAAGUGGGUCGUUCUGCUGUUCUACCCCAAGGACUUCACCUUCGUGUGUCCGACGGAGCUGAUCGCCUUCAGCGACCGCCACGCGGAGUUCGAGGCGAUCAACGCGCAGGUCGUGGGCAUCUCGACGGACACCGAGGAGUCGCACCUCGCUUGGUGCCGCAUGCCGCGCCGCAAGGGCGGCCUCGGCGUCAUGAACAUCCCUCUUGUGGCUGACACCACAAAACAGAUCUCCGCGCAGUACGGCGUCCUGCUCGACAAGCUCGGGAUCGCGUUCCGAGGUCUGUUCAUCAUCAACCCUGAGGGCGUCCUGUCGCACAUCACCGUCAACGACCUGCCCGUCGGGCGCUCCGUGGACGAGACGAUCCGCCUGAUCCAGGCGCAUCAGUUCGUGCGCGAGCACGGCGAGGUGUGCCCCGCCGGCUGGAAGCCGGGCGACGCGACCAUGGAGGCCGAUCCCGAGGGUUCGCAGAAGUACUUCAGCUCCGUGCACGGCGACGAGGACGCCAAGAGCGGCGGCGAGAAGCUCAAGCCGCUGAGGACCGAGGCCGAGUACAAGGCGCUCACGAGCGCCUCGGGCGUCAACGUCGUGGAGUUCAUGGCGCCGUGGUGUGGCAAGUGCCGGCAGCUGGCGCCGUUCGUCGACAAGCUCGCGGAGAAGUACCCGACGAUGACGUUUGCCAAGGUGGACACCACCGACGGGCCGAUGGAGGGGUUCUCGGAGGAGAUGGGCGUCAAGGCCAUGCCGUACUUCAAGUUCUUCAAGGACGGCAAGGACCUCGACAUGGACAUCACCGGCUACAAGAAGAAGCUCCUUGAGGACACGGUGGACAAACUCGCCAAGUAG